CGCGCCAUCUAUGUUUGUCUGUCACUAUGACUAACGUUUCUGGUUUGAAUCAUAGAUAUUAUGUUUGUUGAGAAGUGUGAUCUUUUGCUGUCGUGAUUUUCACUUAUUAAGUUCCGGAACUUUUCAGUAUAAAAAUUUUUAAGCUUUCAUUCUUGGACUUGCUACAGAAAGUGGUGUAUUGAAAUACAUUUGAAAUGUUAAAUUGUUGAUGGACCAAUGCCUUGCAAAUUUAUGAUGAAUUUUAAGAAGAAGAUAAACAGAGCGAUUUUUAAGUUACUAGUGUUGGAAACUUUUAUACGAGUGUGAAGUUGUGGACUUUUCACCUAAAGAUUGUUUUCACAAUAUCGUAGGCUCUCAAACCACACUACCAAUAAUAAAAAAAGGGUGAAAAAACAUGAAAACAGGGAACAAGAGUGAUUGUUGAAGUGUUCACUAUUCCGCGUAACGCGAUUCAGUUGCAUUUGUUGGGAGAGUUACUAUCACAAUUUUCUGCAAUACUUGGUCUAAGAUUCAUAUAAUUUCACAGUUCAACAUCAAUCUGUUUAGAGAUAGAUAGUAAUCCCGUUGUUAUGAUACUGUGGUCAAGGUUUUAUAUUUAAUUGCCAAGACAUGUUUUUACUGCUUUCUUAGCUGUGAAUGUUUUAUCAUCUGAUUAUUAUCCCAUGCAAGCAAUGACGAUUGCUGCAGGGUAGGAAUUCAUACACUAUAUCUGAUCUAUUUUACAUCUUGGUUAUAGGUUGUGUUACUUGCGUGUUUAGACUUUGACACUUAAUAUUAAGGUUUUAAGUGCAUAAUUUGGUGGUAAUUCCCUCAAGAGAAGAUCUUGCUCUGUUUUACUUAUGAUUAUGACCGUUAUUAUUUGAAGCUUAAUUUUGAGGCUUAGUACACAACUCGCAACAAAUGCUAAUAGUAGCAUUCUAUUUAUAUGUUUAAUUCACUCGUUGAACAAUUAUAAUCAUAGAUAUAAUGGAAAAGAAGAAAAGAAGAAAAGAAGAUCCCAGCCUGCUGUGAUGAAAAUACUGAAACUUUAUGGGCCAUUUUUUGUCUUCAUCAUUCAUAUUGUCAAAUGUAUCAUGAAUUCUCAGCUAUAUAUAUGUAUAUGUAUAAUGAAUGAAUAUAUCUCCAGGUAGUUUUACUUAAUCUUAUAUGCUAAGACAUUAAAGGAGCAUAUUAAACAGUUAAUACAUUCCUUUCUUGUAUCCGAAGUCCUUUAAUUUCCAUAUUUUACCAGUCCUUUUAUAUCUAAAUUGAAAAAUGGUUUCAAGUUGUUUAAUGACAGAUUGUUCUAAAAAUGAUUUAACUUCUCCUCAUCUUUUAACAUUUAAGUCAAUGCAUGUUGCUGAAUAUUGCGGUUGUUUUGAGUGUCCCUCCUCUUUUUUUUUUUUUUCCUUUGCCUCUUGAUCAGACAGGGACAGUUAGCGGAAAAGCGGGAAAUGUUAUGGACUGGAGUGUCAAUAAUGCAUUUAAAACAUUAAAAGAUAUGGAACCUAAGUCAGUGAUGGAUAUGGCUAUUAUUCCAAGUGUGGACUCAACAGAUAUUGGAUUGGGUUCUUCAGAGAAGGGCAAUGUUGCUUCCACCGCAAAACCAAGGAAGAAAACAAUGACAUCAGUUUUUCUGAAGUUUUUUGAAACAGCUCCUGAUGGGAAAAGUCGGAGGUGCAAGUUUUGUGGGCAGAGCUAUUCUAUUGCAACUGCCACUGGCAAUUUGGGGAGACACCUCACCAAUCGGCAUCCUGGAUAUGACAAAUCAGGGGAUACUGUCAGCACUAGCACCCAGCAAAGCAUCACCGUAUUUAGGAAACCUCAAACUCAAGCUAAAGCACCUCAGAUGGAACUUGAUCAUUUGAACUGGUUGCUCAUCAAGUGGCUUAUUUUAGCGUCUCUCCCCCCUUCUGCCUUGGAGGAGAAGUGGCUGGUCAACUCCUAUAAAUUCCUCAAUCCAUCAGUUCAACUCUGGUCAGGUGAGAAGUUCCAAGGGGUACUCCGUGAAGUUUUCAGGAGCAUGAGAGAAGAUGUAAGGGUCAUAUUGGAGCAGGUUUCAUCCAAGGUCUCAAUUACGCUUGAUUUCUGGGCCUCCUAUGAGCAAAUCUCUUAUAUGAGUAUCACAUGCCAGUGGAUUGAUGAAAACUGGACUUUUCAAAAGAUUCUUCUUGAUAUUUGUCAUAUUCCUUCUCCUUGUGGUGGGGCUGAGAUCUAUCACACUCUAGUGAGAGUCCUCAAAGAGUACAGCAUUGAAAACAGAGUCCUCUCCUGCACUCACGACAACAGUCCAGAUGCCAUGCAUGCUUGUCAUACGCUAAAAGAAGAUAUUGAUAGCCAGAAAGCGGGGCCUUUCUGCUAUGUUCCUUGUGCUGCUUGUACUUUGAACUCCAUCAUAAAUGAUGGAUUAAGAACUACAAAACCAAUUAUCUCUAAGGUCAGGGAGUUUGUACAAGAGAUGAAUGCAUCUGCUCAAAUCAAGGACGAAUUUGUAGAAUUUGCAGCAGCUUACCAUGAAGGUAGUUGGAAAUUUCCACUUGAUGCUUCAUCUCGAUGGAGUGGCAGUUACCAAAUGCUUGAUAUCGUGCGUAAGGCUGGUAAAUCCAUGGACACUGUAAUCAGAAAAUACGAGGAGACACUAGGUAGUAGAAUGCUGCUAAAUUCUGCAGAGAAGACUGCCAUGAACAUUGUGCACGCAUUUCUAGAACCCUUCUACAAAACCACAAACAACUUAUGUACAUACAAAGUUCUCACUGUUGGGCUGGUUGUCUUCUUCAUGGAUCACAUUUCUGAAAGGAUUGCUGCCUGCAGAGAUUCCCGCCUUAGCCCGGACUGGCUCAAGAGUGCUGCUGAAGACAUGGCAACAAAAGCCCGAAAGUACAAUGAGCAGGUUUGCAACAUAUUCACAUACAUGACUGCAAUCCUUGAUCCCCGCAUAAAAGUUGAGCUAAUUCCCGAGAGUCUCAACUCAGAGAACUAUCUAGAAGAGUCAAGAGCCCAUUUUAUUCGAAACUAUUCCACAGGUCAUUUUCCAUCGAUCACCAGUGGAUAUGGUGCUCCAGAACUGGAAGAUGGAGGAACUGUUUCAUUUGCAGAAGAAAUUGCUCGUAAGAAAAGAAGGGCAACCAUGAGCUUAGCAACUGAUGAACUGACCCAUUACCUCUCUGAGCCUCCAGCUCCUAUACCAACAGAUGUGUUGGAGUGGUGGAAGCUGAACAGCGCCCGCUACCCCCGGCUGUCUGUUAUGGCUCGGGACUUCUUGGCCGUCCAGGCCACUUCAGUGGCUCCCGAGGAGUUGUUUUGCUGCAAAGGAAAUGAGAUCGACAGACAGCGAAUCUGUAUUCCACAUAACAGCACACAGUCCCUUCUAUGUAUAAAGUCAUGGACGCAAGACGGGAUGAAGUUGAAAUACAGGUCAAGUGAGAUAGAUUAUGAGGGGUUGAUGGAAUUGGCGGCCACUGCAGCAGCAGAUAACAAUGCCGCAGGUUCAGACAAGAAACACAAAUCAUGACUCAGAAAUACUAGUGGAGGUUGUGUAGGAAAUUUUUACUUGGAGGACCAUAAGCAAAGGGGAAACAUGGGUAUGCAUCGAUGUAAAUAUCAGAAGAGAGAUAUCACUCAUGGAGGCGGGAGAUGAAUUUAUUUUGUCGUGGGGAUGCUUGGAAUAUCAGAAUUUGUGUAAGCCUAGUUGAUGGCAUUCAGAAACAUAGAUUAAUUUAAUAUUUUCCUCACUAUUGGCUUUGCUAUAUUUUCUGUCCUCGCUCCUUUCCCAGUUGCCAAACAAGUUGAAAAUGAACAGAAAGUCAAUUUUUUCCUGUCUCAGUCAGCAGUUUUUAGCACCUUAACUUCAACUUAGCAGCUUGCUCGUAACAGUGAUCUAACAGCUUGUGUAGUCUACUAAUGAUGCAGGUGAAAGAUUAUUAGGUCAAAGAAUCUUUUGAAGGGCUUGGCCUUAGGUCCCUGGAGGGGGUGCUGCUGCAAACCACUGUUCACAUUCAGAGGCUCGGUGCUAGUAAAGCUCGGGUAAUAAUACAAGGUGCUUAUACUCAGAUCUGUUUUUCCUUAAUUUCGUCUGAAAAAAAUUAUAUAUAUAUUUUUUGUGCAUGUAUUUGAUAGGCGUUUUGCAUGCGCUAACAUUUAGCAAUAGAUGUAAGAAGAUAAAUUAAUUUUUAAACUUUUUUUAAAAACCAAACAAAAUAAGCAAUUAAAAUGAAUAGUUUUUUGUAUGAUACACUGAAAGUAGCUAUACCCAUAAGUAUGCAUAAUGGAAAUGUAAUAAAUAGUGUCUAAUACCUCAAGAGAUUAGAGAAAUGUAAUAUAUAUCGAGGAUGAGUAAGUAAUGAAAUAACACCAGCUGAAUAUCUUUUGGGCUAAAUGUAAUCAAAGAAUUCUCGAGUUAAGCGUGCCUGAGUUAGGGUAGCUCAAGGAUGGAUGACCCUUGGGAAGUUUGUGUAGGCCUAUUAAGGUAAGUUGAUUCAGUUUUUUUUAUUGCUCGAUACGAGAUGUUACAUAAACAAUUUACCAUGAUGCGCUUACGCGAACUUUUCGGGAGUCAUUUCUAUUGUUCGACGUGGGAUGUUACAUAACGAUUCAAAGAAAUGCAGUGAAAAAGGAAGGAGGCAGAAUUGCCAUGCGCACUAUCCCUUUAUAAUAUAUUAGAUUUUACGGAAAUAGAAAUAGGAUUUGAUAAAAAAUAGAAAAAUGAUAUUUAAAAAAAAAAGUAAAAAAUGAAAAUGUGAGAUAAAAUGUAAAUUUAAAAAAUAUAAGAAUGAUUUUUGUAAAUAUAAUUUUUUAUACAAAAAAUUAUAAAAAUAGUUUAAUUAUAAUACAAACAAAUAUAAAUAAUAAACAUAAGUUUAAUAAUAUAUUUAAAUAAAUAUAAACAUAAAAUUGCGGUAUAUAAUAAAGAAUUAUGAGGUAGCGUUAUUAUCAUUAUGAUAGAAACUUGUAAUUAUGUUAAUUAAUUUGAUAGGUGGAGUGGAUGGUCCUAAUUUUACCAUUAAACUCAUUUUCUUAUGAAGAACCAAUUUUGCCCAACUCAAAAGCCAAGCCUAAGCCUUCCACGCCACCACAUUUCAAGUUACUGAUUAUUUUCGUGCAAAAUCAUUAAGAUAAAGUCAUUUUCAUUCAUGAAAUUUUGCUAUUAAAAUAAUAAUAUAAGAAAUUAAUCUUUAUCAAUUUCAAGGGAUCAUAAAGUAUGGGAAUAGCUCUCUUGAACAAAAAAUCAAAAAUACAGAAACACAAACACUGCUUGGAAAAAAAAUCGUUCCAAUGCUGUUCGCGGGCAUUGGAACGAUUUGGGACAAAUACCAACACAAACAUAAACAUAAUUCACAUCUCAUGUAUAUCAAUAUAAAUACAUACGCAAACACAAACAUAGUUCAUAUUUCAUUUAUAUCAAUGUAAAUACAAAUAUAAACACAACCAUAAAAACAAAGAAAAAAUACAAAGUAACAAUUAGAUGGAGUGAGAGAAAGAGAGAGAGAGAGAGAGAGGGGGGGAGAGGGUUAUGAAGGAAUGCUCGGCGACGACCGACAAAAGGAACGAUCGAUGGUGGGGUUUCAGGAUUCGACACUGAGAGAGGGGCGAUCUUCGGCGCAUGGCGGCAAUCGAACUUGAAAGCAAGGGAAUGGCGAUGAGAGAACACUCAGACUAGCAAGCGUUUGAUGACAGAAACAAAGCGAAGAAAGAAGAAGAAGAAGAAGAAGAAAAGAGAGGGAAAAAGAGGAUUUCGGCCUUCGGGGUGCAUGUGUGAGUGACAAUGACCGCUUGAUGCAUUUUUGGCCAAUUUAUGUGAAUUGUGAAAUGAUCUCGGAAUAUUUUGUAAUUUAUAGAAAUAAUUCGAAAAACGUUUCAGGUUAUUUUUUUCGUUUUUAAAAU